AACUCCUUUUCCGCCGUACGCCGAAAAUAUCGCCGUACCCGCUAAAAACUAUCGCCGUACCCGCUAGGCUCGCCGUACCCGCUAAAAAAUAUCGCCGUACCCUAAAAAUCUCGCCGUACCCGUCCCUUUCCGCCGUACGAAACAGCCGACACCGCUCAGCCACAGGGCCUACUCAAACGAAAGUCGCGUCUAAAUACCCUGUACGGCAACGAUACACGGUCUCAAAUAGCCUAUGCUAUGGGAAACAUCCCUGGCCACCUAUCUGCCCAGCGGCGUUGUACAAAUCGCACCCAAUCCUGAGAACACUUCUGCAAACUGUGGUGAGAAGCGGUUUCGAGAAGCGGAAAUCAACCGCGUAACCCGGAAGUGAGCUUCGCAUCAUCAUCACCAAGCGCACGAAUAGACAACAACUUGAGCAAGACCUUGCCUGUAAGUUCACAAUUUUAUUCAUAGUGCAGAUAUAGCAUGACCCUUUUAUUCCUGCCCUUUCAGAGAGUCACUGUAACGUUUAAGAUAUGCCAUUGCAGCGGAUUUAACUAGUAUAUUAUAACCCAGUAGCGUUUGAUUUGUGGGCUGAAUGGUUUGGAAGGGGGAGGGGCGAUCAUGAGAAAUUCUUGUUAGUAGUAACAUUUAUUUUGAAAAGCAUGCCACUAGAGGUCAACUACUAGUAAUAACUGCAGUUCUUUAUAAGAUGUUGAAUUAAGAACAAAUGAAGUGUUUUAAAUGACGAUGAUCUGAGUCAAAUAAAAGUUGCAUAGUUUUAAUCAGCUGGCAAUUUAAUAAAUGGCUUGUGUCAUGAUCAUCUUUUGUAUUAUCUCAGGUAAUGCAACACAUCAAAGAGAAGGGGUAAAAAUACUUCAAUGGACUUUGAUUGUGCUAAAUACAUAGUAAAAAGACACCUGGUGUGUUGCUAGUUGACCAUAUGUGACUUGUAAAUGUAUUUGCUUUUGUCUGGAUUAAAAUCACAACAUUCUGAUGUUGAAAUUAAUAGACUGGAAAAUAAUAAACCGAAUGUCAGGAACAUUUUGCAUCAGUACAAUCACUUAACAUUGUAGAGUAACACAUACAGGAACAGAUCACAUGGUGUGCAACUGAUUUGGUGAAUGACAGAUGGUUAGAAAUCUCAGCUUGCAUUCAAUAUCAUUAUGUGAUGACUUGAGUGAAUUGUGCUAUUAAAGCUUGCCCCUACUCUCCAAGCAGAGGUUGAUGGGGAAAGUUGUGACCUUUUUCCUUUUAUGCCAUCUUUUUCUGAGCUAAGGCGCCAGGGACAGCUGACAGAAAAAGAUGUUACGAUUUUCCCCAUCAACCUCUGCUUGGAGGAAACUUCACACCUAUGUUGGAUUGAACCUGAUCUGCACUGUUUUUUUACUAAGACUGUAGGUGAACAUUAACUGUAUUUAGUUUAAUACUGAAAUAUUUUUGACCCACUUAUCCAACUUUCAUUGCAGAAAAGAACUUCCCAUUGUACCAAAAAUGACAAGAAAGAAAUCUAAGCUGUGUCUUGGGAAGAGGGAUGCAAGGACCUUCGCAAAGAGAUGCCAGCCCUCAACAUACAGUAGUACCCAUCCCUCAUUGUCUCCAUGGAAAUACCAGGGCCUUCACUCUGCAAGCCGGCCAAGCCCCCAGCCAAAAAGGAGGAGAGACACGACACUCACUCCCUCGUCAUCUCCAUUUAAGUACCAGGGCCUUCACUCUGCAAGCCGGCCAAGCCCCCAGCCAAAAAGGAGGAGAGACACGACACUCACUCCCUCGUCAUCUCCAUUUAAGUACCAGGGCCUUCACUCUGCAAGCCGGCCAAGCCCCCAGCCAAAAAGGAGGAGACACACGACACUCACUCCCUCGUCAUCUCCACUUAAGUACCAUGGCCUUCACUCUGCAAGCCGGCCAAGCCCCCAGCCAAAAAGGAGGAGAUCCUUGUCCUUUGAAUUCUGUCCAGGACAGCAAAGUAAGAGGGAUCUUCCAUCAAACUUAAGCCUCUCAGAGUCAGAGUCAGAUGAGUCAGAAGAGUGGGAGGAUAUAGACAUCUGCAUGAGAUGGGGAACUUCUGGAGAAGGUGAUGCAAGCACAGGCUGUCUUGAAGCAAAAUGGAAGGCCAGAUGUUAUAAUGGAACUGAUUGAUGCUAUUAACUCAGGAAACCUGGACACAUCAAGAUUAACGUUUCAAGUAAUAUAUGAGACCUUGCAAUUCCUCAAUUCUCCAGAUAUAAGGGGAGUACGGUACUCUCAAAUGACUCGCGACUUCUGGAAAUUGGUUAUGACCAAGUGUGGAGCAUCAGUGAUAAGAAUCAUGUCUGGGUGGAAAACGAUGGGCAGUGCCCUGACUGCAGUCAAUCGUGAGUGGGAAGGUUCUAAAGCAAGUAUUGUGCUUGCUGUUCCAAGUGUAAAGGUGCUGCUAGCGCAUCGGACAGACAACAAUCUCCAGAACUUUCUGCCACCAGGAAUCCACACAGAAUUAAUCACCAGCAUCAGUGAAGAGAAGGGUAAUGAAGGAAAGGCAUUCAUUCUGGCCUUUGAUGGGCGAUUAGUUCAAUAUAACACUGGUGAAGUUGACCUGGCAGGGUUAGAGAUUGAGCAGCCCACAGCUAAGCAACGGCAUGAAGCUGAAGAAAUGGAAAGGGAUCUGUGCAAAACUGCCAAAAGUCUUCUGGAAAGAUUUUCCCCGGAGGAACUAGACACAAAUCUGCAAUCAAUGAGACAGAUCAUCACCCUUCUGUCAAGGCACAUGGCAAAUCUCAGAGAAAUGAAAAAGAAGAAACAGUAUGCCUUAAAUAUGGCGUUGGGGACUGUUAAAGGCGACUGGAAAAAGUCAAAAUACAGUCGCCUCAUUAGCCAUUUGAAAGCAGUCUCACACCAGGUGGAGGCUGUGAUGCAGGUCAAUGAAGAGGCCCGGGAGCAACUGGGCAGGGCGUGUGCCUCUUUGGCAGGUGUACAGCACCUCUGGACUGAUGUUCCCAUUGUCAACAUGCCUCAGCAGUCCAACUACAGAAAGCUGCAAGAGUACCCCCCAGAAGUAGAAAAGAAUGAGGACACCUUGUACUGGCAGCAGCGAGGCAGGAACUGGUUUCAACUCAGAGAUUCAGUUCCUGUAACAGGAAGCAAGCUGCAUACAGCACUUGGACUUAGCACCCUGAAGGAGGCAAGGCAGAUCUUUCAGAGCAAGAAAAACGGAACACCUCUUCCCGAGCCUACAGAAAAAGCCAAAGAGGCCAUGAAGAAGGGGGUACAGCACGAACCCAACGCUGUGGCAACGUUUUGUGGAAAGUUCUUGCCUGCACUGUUUCCAAACUGGGAAUUCCGGGAGGUGGGGUGCAAGGUGGUCAGCAUAGGAGAUGGGACUCACAUAGUGGAUAGUCCUGAUGGUGCCACACACACAAUGUCCAGUCAUCUCCACUCCCCUGUGAUGGCAGCAAUAGAGAUCAAGCACACUACCACUGAUCUACCAAAGAGUGCAAGGCACUAUAACAUCAUACAGUGCCUUGCGCACUGUGAGGCCCUGGAUGCCGAUGUAUGCUAUUUGCUGUACCAUACAGAAAGGAGCUCAGUGAUGUAUAAGGUGUCUCACAGUGUUGGCAUUUGGAGCAACGUGUGCAGGCAUGCCUGUGAUAUCUACGGCCCACAAGGCCACCCUCCCAAGCAGGUGCUCAAAGACUUGAGAGAACAGGUCAAAUCAUCUGCAGCUGGUGUGCAACUGGUGGCUGAAUUCAGAUCAGUGUAUGCUGCAAAUAUCGGCUCCUUUGUCAGACAGGAAGACAGUCCCUACUUCUGCAAACCCUCCAUGCCAGAGAAUACUGCUGACACUGACAGGUGUGUAACUGAUGCCAUAGCUUCAACAGACAAAGCCCUGGACUCAAUCUUGGAAUAUCAGGAACUAUUCAAACCAAUGGCCAAGGAAGUGUUAGAGUUCAUUGCCAGUGACACCGAUCGGUGGUGGACCACAGACUCGGUGUAUGGGUCACCUGUUGCCUACUUCCUAAAAUCUGCUUCCUUCCCAGAAAAUCAGGCAAACAAAGUCGUGGAAGCAGUGUUGCAAGAGUGCCAUGAUCACAAUGUUUAUGUGCCAGUUACAUCAGGAGAUGGUGCAUUUGAGUACAUGGUUGCUCGUAGUGUAAAUGGAAGACCUAACACCAGACUAAGCUUUCAAAAGCACCUAUGGAAAGAGGUGAGAAAGAUGGACAAGAGGAACUUGACAACCAUUAUAACCAUGUUGACAGAGGACGCUUGGUCUCCAGUCUCAGGUUGUGCCAAAGUAAAGUGUGAAAGAAAUGACCAUGGCUUGUCUGUUGAAAGAUCUAAUAAAUAUCCAAGCCCAAGCACUGCUACAUGGGCUUUCAAGUCAAAGCCAGCUGCUACUGUCUCAGAGGAAACAUCACAUGACGACUGGUAUAACAUGUUCAUUACCAGUCUUCCCGAGGAAGUGAAGGACAGCUUUGAAAACUUCUGCUCUGACAAUCCAGACCUCUUUGAAAAGCUACGAUCAUCAAACACAUCUGGAUUGUCACAUACUGAUGAUUCUGUCGAUAUGACUCAUGCAGUCGGGCAAUUCAUGGAAGACCAAAGCAAAGCAAUGGAAACUGAGACCCUUGAUGCUGUGUCACUAGCUACUGUCCCAGAUACCAACACACGAGGAACUGUCCCAGGUACAGUAACAUCUGGAGAUGACAUGCCUGUAAACAUUGUUCCAUAUGCCAGCACUGUGACACAAGGAACUGUCGCAGAUACCAACACACGAGGAACAGUCACAGAUACCAACACACGAGGAACUGUCCCAGGUACAGUAACAUCUGGAGAUGACAUGCCUGCAAACAUUGUUCCAUAUGCCAGCACUGUGACACAAGGAACUGUCGCAGAUACCAACACACGAGGAACAGUCACAGAUACCAACACACGAGGAACUGUCCCAGGUACAGUAACAUCUGGAGAUGACAUGCCUGCAAACAUUGUUCCAUAUGCCAGCACUGUGACACAAGGAACUGUCACAGGAUCUGUAACCCUACAAGGAACUGUCACAGAUACCAGCACACAAGAAACCGUCACAGGUCCUGUUGGCACAUCGUGUCUUACUGACAACACAGUGAGAGAUGUACAAGCCCAGCUACUACAGAUAAGGCCAGGUAAAUGGCAGGGGAAGGAUGUUUCUGUCGUUAAAGAUACUUUGGCUGAUGAUGAACUGCUUAACAAAUGCACUGUAGCAGAACUCAAGGAAAUUCUAAAGACCAUCAAGAAGUUUGCACAUGGUACAGUGAAGCUCUCGGUGAAGAAGGCUCAGAUCAUUGAGCAGAUAAGAGCCAUCUCAACUGGUCUUGCUGUCAACUUCAGACAGGAACGAGUGAGGCAGCCUCUACCGCUCAAAGACCUCUGUACAAAAACUGUCAAGCAGUCUGCUGUCGUGCCCUUAGCUGCUGCAUUUGCAAGCUUUGUAGGGGGAAAUUGCAGGCAAGAAUGGGAGAAAACAAGGUCAUGCUCAUGUCUUCAGAUUUGUCUUGAGAAGGAUACACCUCAAGAAGUCAAUAUGGUCUUAGACUGCUUCUACUGCCCACCUGUAUCAAACAGAGGAUUUAUGCAGGCCUUCGUUGUCGAUCCUCAUCAUGUCAGGACCAACAUAAGAGGUAGUGUGCUGAGAGACCAGGUUGAAGGUGUAGAGUUGAGAGCAUUGCAAGAAGUAGCCUCAAGUGGGAAAACACCAUUAACACCUGUGAUGAUCAAUGAAUCAUUGGAUAUGCAGUCAAAAUCCAUGUGUGAUAUUCUGUUUUCGAAUGAUGUGGCCAAGGAGCUCCAACGCCUGGGACAUGCAACUACUGCGGAGUUUAUCACAUUGAUGGAUGGAUGGUACAGAGCUAAUGAUGUGGCAGGGAUCCCCGCAGCAGAACGGGUACGCCUGAGACUCGCGAUGAGAGAAUGGCUUCUACGAGGUGUCAACUUCGACAUCUAUCCACCCCCAGGCAGGUACAUCCGAGGGCUGUUCUUCUCAACAUGGGAGGCAGCCCUGGCACAAAUUGACUUGUCAAUACAGCUCUAUGGAAUGAUACCAUCGGGUAACUACAACGUGAGAGCCAUGGGGACACUAGUGGCAGAGCAAUACUUUGGGGACCAAGCUAGGCGGACACAUGAAGGGAAAAACAUCCCAUCUUGCCAAAAGCUGGGACACAUACAAGCCCACAUGGUGGAGGAGAUGAGGAUGAGAAUGAAGCCGGAAGAGGCCAGGGGCUUUCCCCUCAGGAUGACAGGGAGUAGACCUGUGUACCCCAGUCAGAGUACGGACAUCGUACUGGCACCAGAAACAGACAACCCGCAACAGUGGGAAGCACCAUGCAGACUGCAGGCUGUGACUGUCAAAGACCAUCCCUUUGAUAUGGCAUCAAGAGCAAAGCAACGGAAGAAAACACCAAAGAGUUUUUCAACAAAGCUUACUGCCCCCAUGAAGGGACAGACUGGUGUGAGACAGUACCACAGGACUGAUCUGUCAAAAAUCCUGCCGCAUGAUCGCAUGGGCCUUCAGUAAUGAUAUUGUAAAUUUGCACUAUACUUUUGUAGCAUAUUAAGAAAACAAUCUAAACUAUUUUUGAAAUUCACAUUUCCUUUUUUUUUGCCAUGUGUAAUCUUAUUUCAAAGUGAAAUACUGGUAGCAUUGUCAAAUCAUUUAAUGCUUUCAGUACUAAUUCUGGACUUAUAUUCAAAGAUCCUUCAUUAUGAAUGCAUUGAUUGCAAUUUCUCAAAAGUGUGCAUUACAACUGUACUUUUAAUUAACCUUUUCUUUAAUUUGUACAUGGUAUUUUGCCAACUGCAAUGUUAACCUUUUUUCAAAGUGGAAUGAUGGUACUAGUGGCCUUGAUAAAUUGGUUGAUUGAUUUGAAUGCUAAUUCUAAAGAUCAUUAUCAUAUUCUUAUCUCAAAUGAUGAUGAUGGAAAUGGUGCAUACAAUAUAAGCAAUGAUGUAAAGUUGAAUAUAAUGCAGGAUGAUGGUCAUUUAUGUUGAGUUCUUGUGUACUGUUGCAAGGUGGCGUGCCAGCUGCCUAGAUCCAUGGUAGGUUUUGUUGCACAAGUCGCAUGUCCUCAGGUCCUCAUGUGUGCUCAUGUGUCUUGUUAAGGAUUGUCUCUGCUUGAACGAUGCAUGGCACUGAGUGCACUUGUGCACCUUUGCCUCCUCACCCUCAUGUGUCUUCAUGUGAUCUGUCAGAUGACACUUCUUGGAAAAGGCUUUUCCACAUGUGUUGCAUGAUUUUUGAGGGAGGUGUGCCUUGCUCCGAUGAUUGUAUAAUUGAGCCUUGGAUGAAAAUGUGAGGUUGCAGGAUUUACAGUUGUGUUGUGUUGGUUUAUGCAUGUGACUAUGCUUUUGGAAACCACUGUAGGAUCUGAAGGACUUUCCACACUCAGGACAGAGGACGCAGUUAUGCUGGAAUUCUAUGUGUUUUUUUAGAGCAAACCUUUCAUGAAAAGCUUUUCUGCAUGUGUUGCAAACAUGUGUAGCUCUGUGCCGAAGGCAAUGUUUUGUGUAUUUUGCUUCUAGCACAUCUUUUCCGCAUGUGUCGCACAGGAUGGUAUUCGUGGACGCUAAGGAGGAAGAAGCAAGCUAUCGGUUAUUUGAGUAUGUACACAUACAUGUAGACUUGAUGCAACAAUAUACACAAUUCAAAAUACAAAUAAGGAUUCAGACAUGUACAGCUUGUUCUCUAGUGUUCUUAAUAUCACAUGUGUUCUACAUUAUACUUAUAGAAGUGAAUGAAUCAAUAAAGCUUACCUGCAAAUGUG